GGCGUGGUUAACAAGUGUCAUGGCGCCUUACCGGUGAAAAGCUAGUUGUGUUAGCAAGACGCUUUUGGAAAUUGACACACAGCGGGUUUUAAAGGUCGUCGUAUUUUUAGGAUUAUUUGAAUGUAAAGGAUAAAAACAAACAAACAAACAUGGGGACUGUACACGCAAGAAGUUUGGAUCCUCUCCCAAUGCAGGGGCCUGAGCUGGGGGUUCAAGCUGAUGACCUGGAUGUUGGAGAAGCAGACUACGAACCUCAGCAGGAAAUUUUAGAAAACAAAGAUGUUGUAGUUCAGCGUGUACAUAUAGAUGGGCUUGGAAGGACUAAGGAGGAUAUCCUAACAUACGAAAUCGCAGAUGUUUUCAGAGCUAGGAACCUGAUUGACGUGAUGAAGAAGAGCCAUGAUGCCAGACAGAGACUGCUGCGUCUAGGUAUAUUCAGACAUGUAGAGGUCGUCAUCGAUACCUCACAGGGCAAGGACGCACUGCCGAAUGGACUGGACGUCACAUUCGAGGUGAAGGAACUCAAGAGACUGACUGGAAGCUAUAACACCAUGGUUGGAAACAAUGAGGGAAGCAUGGUGUUAGGUUUGAAACUGCCCAACGUUUUUGGCCGUGCUGAGAAGCUCACUUUUCAGUUCUCCUACGGCACUAAGGAAACGUCUUAUGGCCUGUCUUUCUUCAAGCCUCAAGCUGGACACUUUGAACGCAAUUUUUCCGUCAACAUCUACAAAGUGACAGGGCAGUUCCCAUGGAGUUCACUGAGAGAGACCGAUCGAGGAAUCUCCACAGAGUUCAGUUUUCCUAUCUGGAAGACGAACCACAUGCUGAAGUGGGAGGGAGUGUGGCGGGAGCUCGGCUGUCUGGCACGCACAGCCUCGUUUGCUGUCAGAGAGGAAAGCGGUCACUCGCUCAAGUCCUCCCUUUCCCAUGCAAUGGUUAUUGACACACGCACCUCUCCUAUCUUACCUAAGAAAGGUGCCUUAUUAAAGAUCAACCAGGAGUUGGCAGGUUAUACAGGUGGAGAUGCCAGAUUCCUGAAAGAGGACUUCGAAAUUCAGCUCAAUAAGCGACUCUUCUGGGAUUCGGUCCUCUCUGCCUCUCUAUGGGGGGGUCUGCUGCUCCCUUUUGGAGACAAACCCACAUCAAUUGCUGACAGGUUUUAUCUGGGAGGCCCCACCAGUGUGCGAGGUUUCAGCAUGUACAGCAUCGGACCACAGAGCGAAGGUGAUUAUCUGGGUGGAGAGGCGUUCUGGGCCGGUGGGCUCCAUCUGUAUACUCCUCUACCAUUCAGGCCAGGUCGUGGGGGCUUUGGGGACCUUUUCCGAACACACUUCUUUCUCAAUGCUGGAAACUUGUGCAACCUCAAUUAUGGUGAAGGGCCUCGAGCACACCUGAGCCGACUGGCUGAAUGUAUCCGCUGGUCGUACGGCGCAGGCAUCGUGCUGCGUCUGGGGAACAUCGCGCGACUUGAGCUUAAUUACUGCAUUCCCAUGGGCGUCCAGAGUGGAGACAGGAUAUGUGAUGGAGUGCAGUUUGGAGCAGGCAUUCGGUUCCUGUAACACCAUGAAGCCAUUAACAUAUCUCCUUGGAAUGAAAAGAAGAGGAUUUUAUAUGCAGAUGAAAUCUGUUUGAAACGUCUGUGUGGAAUGAGAAUCUUUGUGGUUCAGUAGUUGGGUUUUUUUUUGUUUGUUUUUUUGGACACCGCCCAAAUGCAUUAUUAGAACAGAAGUCUAAAACCAAAAAUAAUGCAAAGAAGUAUCUACGAACCCUCAUCUGUAGGGAAAAUGACCGGGCAGUGCAGUUCUGACUUGUCAUAUUUAUUUGUCUGAUCAGCAAAAAAAAGUUCAAAUAAAAAAGCUUUCCUUACAUUAUAAAA